CCAAUUUUGGAUUUGGCUUUACUAGAAUUAGAAUGCCUGUCAGUAAUAGGAUAGUACCCUUUUGUAAAUUGUUACUCUUCUAAAGGACAGAGGAUAUCAUCUAUUUUACAGAUGAGAAAACUGAAGUGUUUCAAAUACUUAGUAAUUUAGACUUAAGACUGUUGGACUCUAAAGCCAAGCACUUUUUGCUAUAUCAUGCUGCUUAGUGAAUGAACUAUUAAGUUUAAUAUUCAUUUUACCAUUUACUUCAUUCCAAGUAGAAAAUUAAGAUGUUUAUGACUUGGUUGUCUUUUUUGCUUUAUCUAGUUUAUUUAGAAAUCUGUUUGGAGGUUAUGGAUGAUAAACCCAAUCCUGGAACCCUAAGUGAGAAUUCAGAACGUCUCUUCUCCUUUGGAGUUAUAGCAGAUAUUCAAUAUGCUGAUUUAGAAGACGGCUAUAAUUUCCAAGGAAACAGGCGGAGAUACUACAGACACAGUCUUCUUCACUUACAGGGUGCCAUUGAAGACUGGAAUAAGGAAAGUAGCACACCCUGUUGUGUCCUUCAGCUUGGAGAUCUCAUCGAUGGAUACAAUGCACAGUAUAAGGCAUCAGAAAAGUCCCUGGAAGUUGUUAUGAAUGCAUUCAAAAUGCUUGAAGUCCCAGUUCAUCACAUAUGGGGAAAUCAUGAAUUCUAUAACUUCAGUAGAGACUAUUUAACAAACUCUAAACUUAACACAAAGUUUCUAGAAGACCAGAUUGUACAUCAUCCUGAGACCAUGCCUUCAGAGAAUUAUUAUGCUUAUCAUUUUGUACCAUUCCCUAAAUUCCGCUUCAUUUUACUUGAUGCUUAUGACUUGAGUGUCUUGGGCAUAGAUCAGUCUUCUCCAAAAUACCAGCAGUGUAUGAAGAUACUGAGGGAGCACAAUCCAAAUGUGGAAUUAAAUAGUCCUCAAGGACUUUCUGAGCCUCAUUUUGUCCAAUUUAAUGGAGGAUUCAGCCAAGAACAGCUGAACUGGUUAAAUGACGUUCUUACCUUCUCUGACACACACCAAGAAAAGGUGGUGAUUGUGAGCCAUCUUCCCAUUUACCCAGACUCCUUUAACAGCGUGUGCCUGGCCUGGAACUACAGAGACGCCCUGGCAGUCAUGUGGUCUCACCAGUGCGUGGUGGGUUUCUUUGCUGGUCACACUCAUGAUGGUGGCUACUCUCAGGAUCCUUUUGGUGUGCACCAUGUCAACCUAGAAGGAGUUAUUGAAACAGCUCCAGACAGCCAAGCUUUUGGCACAGUUCAUGUCUAUCCUGACAAAAUGAUUUUGAAAGGGAGAGGCAGAGUUCCAGACAGAAUUAUGAAUUUCAAGAAGGAAGCAUCUUUCCACUUUUAGUCUGAUUUGAUUUGUUUACCUUGGUAGAAAGAGAAUGACUUAGCUUUGUGUUUGUCUCCCCAAACAAAGAGAAAAACAAAAAUAAAAGUCCUCAACCUCA